CCGAGACCUCACUGAGAUCAAUUGUCCUCCUCUCGUGCACUUCGGAUAUAUUACAGCUUUUCUCUACAUGACAGUCUGUCAUUUCAUCAGCGGGUCCAGAAGUGAAGAAGAAGAGGAAGCUGGACGGGUUCUCCAAAGAUCCAGAAACUAAAGAAACUUCUUCACAGAUCUGCUGCGUGAUCCACGAACACUUCGCGCUCUUUUAUUACGAUUACAAAAUACGAUGUUUUCUUGACAGAUUUCAAACCUGCUCCACGUGAACCACAGCGAAACGUCAGCUUUCAAGGGUUGUCGUACGAUUCACUGUACAGAUAUCACAGUUUCUGCAUGAAGAUGUUGGACGGAAUCAAGAUUGAAGAUCAGUUAAGAUCAGGACCAACAUCUCUAGGACUGAUGCUUAGUUCUGGUUGCUCUCAUCAGAAUGUGUGUGAAGGAUGUCAGAGACCAAUAUCUGAUCGAUUCCUGCUGCGCGUGAACGAGUCUUCAUGGCACGAGGAGUGUGUACAGUGCGCCGUGUGUCAGCAGCAUCUCAGCACGAGCUGUUACAGCAGAGACAGUAAAUUUUACUGUAAACACGAUUAUCAACAGUUAUUUGCCACCAAAUGCAGUGGAUGUCUGGAGAAGAUCGAAGCCACCGAGUUUGUGAUGCGUGCACUAGAGAGCGUCUAUCAUCUGGCCUGUUUCUGCUGUUGUGUGUGCGACAGACAGCUGUGUAAAGGAGACGAGUUUGUUCUGAAGGAUGGACAACUGCUCUGCAAAAAUGACUACGAGAAAGAGAAAGAUUUACUGCACUCCAUCAGUCCUGAGAUGUCGGAUUCAGACAAAAGUGAAGAUGAAGAUCUGGAUGUAAAGAUGGAGAAAGGUGCAGGAGGUGCGGGAAAAGGCAGUGAUGAUGGCAAAGAUCCCCGGAGACCCAAGAGACCCCGCACCAUUCUUACCACCCAACAGCGUCGAGCGUUCAAGGCUUCCUUUGAGGUUUCAUCCAAACCCUGCCGAAAGGUUAGAGAGACGCUGGCUGCUGAGACCGGCCUGAGCGUGAGAGUCGUCCAAGUUUGGUUUCAGAACCAAAGAGCAAAGAUGAAGAAAUUGGCACGCAGACAACAGCAACAACAAGACCAACAGAACACUCAGAGGCUCGGACAAGAUGUGAUAUCCAGCAGAAUGGAGAAUCUGAUGAACUCUUACACGCCCUUGGCUCCGCCUCCACAGCAUCAGUUAGUCUCCAUGGAAACGAACGGAUACAGCACAGAUCUGUUUCAGCAGGGUCUGACCCCUCCACAGAUGCCUGGAGAUCACAUGAAUCCAUACGGGAACGACUCUAUUUUCCAUGACAUUGACAGUGACACUUCUCUGACCAGCCUCAGCGAUUGCUUCAUGACGGGAUCAGAGAUCGGCUCCCUUCAGACCCGUGUGGGAAACCCCAUCGAUCGUUUAUAUUCCAUGCAGAGCUCCUACUUUGCAUCCUGAAAGCGAAUCUGGAGCGAGACUACAAACCCACGAAAACCGUCAAACGACCACGGCCAGCCUGCAUUGACAGUUUCAUGGAUGCCAGCGAACUUCCAGUAGAAGAAUCUGGAGGCAGACGGACAAGAAAAACAAAAACACUGCGAAUGAAAGCAGAUCUUUGGUGUUGCUGUAGGAGUCGUGCUGAGUGACUCUUGAAUCUAACCAGGUUCAAAGCAGUGCUGGCCAAAUAUAUGUGUGACACUGAAGAUGUUUCAGACUUCUUAGAAAAAAGUGUACGGUAGACAGUCAGACAAAUAUUUUCACAGCAGAUGUACAGCCGAACCACUGGAUGAGACUACAGUAAACAGAAAACACACAACUACAAGUGUUUAUGUGAAGACUGCGCUGUGCGAAUAAAUGUUUAAGUUGUUUUAUUAAUCCGAGGACAGAAUAUGGAUUUGUGGAAAUAAAAACCUGAAACCGCUGCAUGUUGAUAAAGAUGACAAGUUAUUUAUUGAAGUACAUACCUGUGCCAAGUAAAGCUUUAUUUAAAACAAAUUGCGUUCGAGUUAAGUACCUUAAACAUCUUCAUGACCCUGGAAAACCAAGUGUAGUAUUACUGUUGAUGUUAAAGCUUUAUAUGUUUGUUUUCUCUGUGCUAUUUAUUUGUUUGCAUUCUUUGACAUGAAUGCAUUUCUGUCUCAAAUGUGCUAAA